UGUAGUAGCACUUUGUUUGAUUUGUUAAGACAUUAAAAUGUGCUAAUUUGGAUGAAAAUGAAAGGCAGAUAUAUAGUCAGAGUUUGUUGUUAGACAUACAUUUAGUCUUAAUUCUUAGUUGGUGAGAAAAUAUCGGGUCGUUUGAACGACAGAGUGACUUUGUCCUGUUGUCCUGCUUCAGCACCUGCUAGCUUAAUAGGGUCGUUAGCAAACAACUGGGAGAGCUCCUCACAGUUCAGCUUACAUUGAAAGCAGUUGAUGUGUUUUCUAAUUUAUGAGUAAAAUGGAACUAUAUAAAGAAGGUUCGACAUCUAAAGCCAGCAACAAGUUGGUGAUCAACUCAGUUGCCUUUUAUGACCACAUCACACACAGCCUGCUGCAGCAAGGUGUCUCACUCUCUGACCCGCUGCUGGGACUGAAAAGGAAAGCGCCCAGAAAUCCACAGGCGAGAGGAAGAGUGGAAGAAAGGCUUCUGCAGAGAGAAGAGGAUGAAGAAUACGUGCUAGAUGCAGCUCCACCUCCUUUAACACUGGGUAAAACCCAGAAGCUGGGUUUGGUGGCCUCCCCUGCAGGGCGACUCACAGAGGACGAAUGGACUCAGGUCAAGGCGAGGUCUAUUCAGCAGGGGGAAUCAUCUCAGCCCUGUGCAGUAUGCAGGGAGGAGUUUCUCCUUCAGCCUCAGGUGUUGCUGUCUUGUUCUCACGUGUUCCACAGAGCAUGUGUGCAGGCUUUUGAGAGGUUUUCUGGGAGGAGGUGCUGCCCGAUGUGCAGAAAGGAGCAGUACGAGACACGAGUGAUCCACGAUGCAGCUCAACUCUUCAGACACCAGAGUGCCACCAGGAUUCAAGCGUGUUGGAGAGGCUAUGUUGCUCGAAAAAGAUACAAAAAAUUGAGAAGAUCGAUAUGCCCAAAAGACAAACAGCUGCGACGUAAAUUCUUCGAAGAAAAGUUGCAGGAGUUGAAUGACAGCUUUGUCCGAUACUGUCACACCGACACGGAGGCUUUUCUGAGUGAUAUCAACCGCUCGCUGUCAUCAAGCAGACGAGUGUUCCAGCAGCUGGAGAGAAAGCACGUCUCCGAACCUCGGGAGAACGACUGGGAGCGAAUACAGAGCCAGGUGAUCCAGAGAGGCGUCUGGGACUGCCCCAUCUGCCUAAUUGCUUUGAGCAGCCCAAGCCUCCGAACCGAGGGGGACACAUCCAGCCAUCGACCACAUAGACCCACCGUUCUUCUGUCCUGUUCCCACGUCUUCCACCAGCUCUGUCUGGAGGCUUUUGAGGCCUUUACUACAGAAAGCAGACCUUCAUGUCCUGUGUGCAGAUCUGUCUACCACAAAAAACUCAUCUGACCAGCCACUUCUAAUCGGAAAUAUGUCUGGUGAAGAGGCAAAGGCUCCACUGUCAGUCAACCGAAAAGCCACCAGCGAGGGCCAAGUAGUGCCAACCGCCUGACAGCUGACCAUCGACCUGGUGUGUCAGAGCUCUUAGCUCAGCAUUAAGAUUGGAAGCCAGGGGAAAUGACUAGCCCGCCUCACUCCAAAGUUAAAAAAAUCCUGUCAACAGGCCCUCUGAAGCUCACUCAUGGAUAACACAUUGUAUUUAAAUUGUUUAAUAUGCACAUGAAAAUAAAAGCAAACAUGACAUGUUUCUGGUUUUA